UGAAAGCAUGCCAUGUUCUGCACAUCUGUGUGAUGUUUUUGGUUUCAGUUUUUUACCUACUGUUUAUGGUACCCUUGCUCAUAACCUGGAUAUGCCGUUUGUAUCUUUUGAGGCGUAUUCAGUUGGCCACCAAUAUGAGAAAUUUUCUGAUUAUCCUUGGUGUGCUGAUAUUUGUGCCGUUCUCGUUGGGACGAAUUGUACUGCAUUGUCUUUCCUGGUUUUUCUUCGCUGCUUUGUCAAUAUUCAUGCCAUUUACAAGAAGUGGUUGCUGAAAGCUUGGCUGCAAACAGUAUUGGACAAGGAGGAACCUCAAGUAGUGUUGGCAAGCCACGUUUAGUGAAUCGAAGCCCAUGCCUUUACAAUGUUAUUACUCUUGCUACUGGAUAUAUGGUCGUUGCGCCUUUGGUCUUCGUUUUCUUCGAUAUCCCUAUUAGAACUGUUGCAUCAAAAAUACGUUAC